AUGGCUGAUCUCCUCCGUGAAAUCAAGGCGAAAUGGAACCCUGAGCCACUGCCUCCAAGCGGCACCUUCGACGGUCAAACUGUCCUCGUCACCGGCGGGACGAGUGGCCUCAGUCUGGCUACCGCGAAACACUUUGCGACCCUCGGAGCUGCUAAAGUAAUAAUCACCUACCGCAAUAAACCUAGAGCCGAAACAGCCAGGCAGCAGAUCGAGACUGCUGCAAGGGCUGCCGGGAGUGGACAGGUCGUGAUCGAGAUGAUGGAGUUGGAUCUAACCCGGUAUUCGUCGUGCAUUUCCUUCGUUGACGAGCUCGUGCGGCGAACGAACGGCAUUGAUAUUGCGAUACUCAAUGCCGGCACGUUGAAUCACGAGUUUGUUCUGAGUCCUGAGGGCUGGUACGUGGUCAAUGUGUGUCUGCCGCACUGGGAUCUUGCUAACGCCAGCAGUUUACUUAGGGAAGAAACAAUCCAAACAAACACACUUUGCACCUCCCUGCUUGUCAUUCUCCUCAUAAAGUGGAUGAAAGCGACCCGACAGAACCGACAGUCGCCAGCCGCUUUAUUAACCGUGCACAAUCAAACUGUUAUUUAA